GUAUUUUGUUCCUGGACGAGCCAACUUCCGGCCUGGACUCCUUCACGGCCAACAGUUUGGUCAAAACCUUGUCACGUCUAGCCAGCAAGCAGAGGACGGUGGUCAUGUCCAUCCACCAGCCCAGGUUCGACAUCUUCAACACCGUUGACGACGUGAUGAUACUGUCCAAAGGUCACGUGGUCUACAACGGUGGCGCCCGGGACAUGGUCAGCUACUUCACCGGCUUGGGGUUCCCCUGUCCUGACCUGACCAACCCCUGCGAUUUUUACAUUGACCUGGCCACGGUGGACAGCACGUCGAGGGAGCAGGAGGAGCAGGGGUCAAGGACAGUUGAGCAACUGUGGGAGGCUUUCCAAAGCAGAGAGGGGGCUGGGGAGGUUGAAGGCAGCAGCCGACAGGAGAUUAUCGGUCCGGAUCAGAUUAAGCAUAUGCCCGAGACGUUGAAGAUCGCCUCCUACAACAAGAGGGUAACGGCUGACGACACGCUACAGAACCUGAUUGACGCUUACGAGAGGCAGCGGUCUAGUCCAGGCAUGGGACAACAGUUCAUGGUGCUCUUUAAACGCUGCAUGCGGGUGACGGUCGACGACUACCCCACCCUCCUGACGCACGUGGUGCAGGCGCUGCUGAUGUCCCUACUGCUGGGGAUGGUCUACAUCGACCUCAAGCUCAACCAGGUUUCGAUCCGGGACUGGUUCGGUGUCAUGUUCAUGAUGAGCGUCAUGUACCCGUAUAUGGUCAUACUGGGGCUGAUUGGGGCGUGUCACGAAGAAAGAAAAUUUCUUUACUUUGAACUUCAAGACAAACUUUACCACCCUGCAGCAUACUACUUCGCUAAGGUGCUGAGUGAUGUCCCCUUUCAUCUGAUCUACGUCAUCUGCUACAUUAUCCCCCUUUACGGGAUGUCCGGCCUGCCCAUCGGCCCUUACAACUGUUUCAUGUUUGCUCUCUUUGUGGGCGUGUCUGUGUUUACAUCGCGUUGCCUAGCGAUGAUGUCAGCCGCCAUCUUGCCGACCUAUCAGAUCGCGAGUUUCUUCUGCCAGACCAUCUUCUCCCUGUUUAUAAUGAGUGCUGGGUUUCUCAUUAACCUUAACAACAUUAUCUCAGAGAGCAGGUGGAUCCCUGACAUCUCCUACCUCCGCUGGGGUUUCCAGGCCCUCUGUCUCAUCGAGAUCGAGGACCUCGAGUUCGAGUGCAACACGGCCGUCACGCCCCGCUGCGUCCAGACGGGGGCCCAGGCCCUGCGAACGUUCUCGUUCGGCGGCCAGAGUCUGUGGCACUGUGCGCUCGGCCUGGGCGGGACGAUGGUCGUCUUCUUGGUGGUCAUGUUGCUGGGACUCAAGUAUGUACCACAAAAACCACACAUGGAGUAAUGGAGUAAACUUGACAUUUUGGUGGUCAUGUUGUUGGGGCUAAAGUAUGUACCACAGAAACCACACAUGGAGUAAUGGAGUAAACUUGACAUUUUGGUGGUCAUGUUGCUGGGGCUUAAGUAUGUACCACAGAAACCACACAUGGAGUAAACUUGACAUUUUUUGGUUAUUGAUGGGUACCACAGAAACCACACAUAGAGUAAACUUGACAUUUGUUGGUUAUUGAUGGGUACCACAGAAACCACACAUAGAGUAAACUUGACAUUUGUUGGUUAUUGAUGGUUACCACAGAAACCACACAUAGAGUAAACUUGACAUUUGUUGGUUAUUGAUGGGUACCACAGAAACCACACAUAGAGUAAACUUGACAUUUGUUGGUUAUUGAUGGGUACCACAGAAACCACACAUAGAGUAAACUUGACAUUUGUUGGUUAUUGAUGGGUACCACAGAAACCACACAUGGAGUAAACUUGACAUUUUGCUGGGGCUCAAGUAUGUACUACAAAAGGCACACAUGGAGUAAUGGAGUAAACUUGACAUUUGGCGUGGUCAUGUUGCUGGGUUCAAGUAUGUACCAAAAAGGCACACAUGGAGUAAACUUGACAUUUUUUUUAAAAAUGUAAGCUUGUCGUUUUGUGGUUAUUGAUGUGUUAAAGUGUAAACUUGUCGUUUUGUGGUUAUUGAUGUGUACCACAGAAACCACACAUGGAAUAAACUUGGACAUUUUUAAAAACUAAACUUGUCGUUUUGGGAUUAUUGAUGUGUACCACAAACUCUUCACCUGGAGUAAACUUGAAUUUUUUUCAAACGUAUAAAUCUUUGGUUAUUGAACUUUUUUACACUCCUCAUCUGGAGUAAACUUGACAUUUUUAAAGUGUAAACUUGUCGUUUUGUGGUUAUUGAUGUGUACCGCAAAUAUUUCACUUGGAGUAAACUUGACAUUUUUCAUUAUGCAUAAUUUUCAUGGGGUGUGGUUAGGGGCUUAUACCCCCCUGCCGGUUAGGGGCUUAUACCCCCCCUGCCGGUUAGGGGCUUAUACCCCCCUGCCGGUUAGGGGCUUAUACCCCCCUGUCGGUUAGGGGCUUAUACCCCCCUGCCGGUUAGGGGCUUAUACCCCCCCCCCCCUGCCCCACGCCCCUGGAUAUGUGUCACUGAGCUCAAACAUUGUGCAAACUUGUCACAUUUUUUGUUGGUAAACCUGGCAUUAUUAAACUUAGUAUUAUUAAAUUUCGCAUUGUUUCUGCAAAAUACAUUUCUUAGUUUAAAUAAUAUAAAUGUGUCAUUAUAUCUUCAUUCAACGUAUGCUACAUUUUGUCAUAAAAUAUACCUGAUAUGGUUAACUUGUCAUUUUAUAUUUAUUUAAGUCAAAUUGUUGUCAUAUUUUCGCUGUGAUUUAUCAUCGUUAU